CAAACCAAACCACCCCGCCAUCGGGACCCCUCGUCCCUCAUUUUAGAAGCCAGCCCCUCCUCCUCCAGACACAAUCCCAAUAUCAAAUGCUGAUGCUGACUACAGCUUGCUUCUAAUAAUAAUAUCGCCUACCCGUCCUACACUUUACACUUUACACACCCAUCCAUCUCUCCAAGCGCAGUAGCAUUCAAUCUUCCUCUCCGUCUCUCUUGUUUUUUGUCCAAUUGACAUAGCGAAGCUGUUUUGUUGUCCGAGUUCUCGUGUGUUGUUUUCCAUCGAAUACCCAACAUAGACCUGUGAAUAGACAGCGGUAGGCAGAGGAAAGGAAAGGAAUCAACCAGCCAACCAACCAAUCUAUUCAGCAGCAAUGGCCGAGAUCUACCGCGCGAGCACGACGGCUCCCGUCAACAUCGCCGUCGUCAAGUACUGGGGAAAGCGAGAUGCGAAGCUCAACCUCCCCACCAACUCUUCUCUCUCCGUCACCCUCUCGCAGGACGAUCUGCGCACUUUGACCACCGCUACAUGCUCGAGUUCCUACACCGGAGAGGACAGCCUGACCCUCAAUGGCUCCCCCUCCGACAUCUCGGGUGCUCGAACCCAAGCUUGUCUACGUGAGCUACGUGCUCUGCGUGCCGGUCUUGAGGAGAAGGAUGCUUCGCUGCCCAAGCUAUCAACCUUCCCUCUGCGCAUUGUCUCCGAGAACAAUUUCCCCACUGCCGCCGGUCUGGCUUCGUCGGCAGCUGGUUUCGCCGCUCUCGUCCGAGCCAUUGCCGACCUCUAUAAACUUCCCAACUCUCCCACUGAACUCUCUCUGAUCGCCCGCCAAGGCAGUGGCUCCGCCUGCCGAAGUCUGUUCGGCGGAUACGUAGCGUGGCAAAUGGGAUCGCAAGCCGACGGACUCGACUCCAAGGCCGUGGAAGUGGCCCCGGCCUCGCACUGGCCUGAGAUGCGGGCUCUCGUUCUCGUCGCCUCGGCUGCGAAGAAGGGCGUCAGCUCUACCUCGGGCAUGCAACAGACCGUCGCGACAUCUGACCUGUUCAAGGAGCGCAUCACGAACGUCGUGCCCAAGCACAUGAAGCUCAUGGAGGAGGCCGUCGCCGCGCGAGACUUCGCCAAGUUCGCCGAGGUCACCAUGAAGGACUCCAACUCGUUCCACUCCACCUGCGCCGACACCUACCCGCCCAUCUACUACAUGAACGACACCUCGCGGGCCGCCGUGCGCGCCGUCGAGGCCAUCAACGCCGCCGCCGGCAAGACCAUUGCCGCCUACACGUAUGAUGCCGGCCCGAACUGCGUCGUGUACUACCUCGAGAAGGACACGGCUGCCGUCGUGGGCACCUUCUACCCAUUGCUUACGACCACCGAGGGGUGGAAGGCCGAGGCUAAGUCGUAUGCCUCGGGCGGCGUGCAGCUCGAGGAGGCCGUGGCUUCUCUGAUUCAGGGUGGAAUUAGCAGGGUCAUACAGACGGGUGUCGGUGAGGGUCCCGUCAAGACUGACCAACAUCUGGCAUGAGACUUGACACAGAUUUUGGACGAAUGAUGUGAGCGGGCGGGGAUAUGGCAUAUUUCGCGUUACUUACUUAUACCUACUUUGAAUAUAGACCUGUCCAUGCUGCGUACUCUUUUCAUUGCCGUCGAAUGGUGUGAUGAUCACAAUUCAAUUGCGGCGUAGGGCUCAUUGUGACAUAGGUAGGGGCCUUGACUUCUGCGCCUAGUGAUGGAAUUGGCUUGUUGCUUUUUGCAUUGCUCUCAUCAGGCUUCCGGUCUCGCCGCGUUUGUAUGUGGUACGUAUGUGGAGCUAUAGCGAGCGAAUGCGUAUCGUUAUAAGCUGAAGACUUCUGUCAACAGAUUAUCGGGUAAUUAAGAUCGGGCCACUAAAUACAUUACGCUUGCGGCACCUGGAUGAAGGAUGCCCGGGUAAUGUAGACACCGGGCAUUAUGCUCCAAGGUCUGUAUUUGGGUUUGGCGGCGACUGUUAUAGUGUUGCUUAUCGCUAUUCUAAUGUAUUAUUGUAACUACAUAGGGACGGAAGUUCUACUUUUUGACCUUUGCCCCUUUGCUUGGCGUUUAUGUACAGCUGUGCUAUGUAUCGGACAUUCGCUCUGGUUGAUUCCGUGACAACGACUGAAUUCCAUUCAUAAUAUAUUCUCAUUUACACGCAAAGUA